AUUUCGAGUAACGAGUUUCUUCCUUCAACAUCUUGCUAAAUCUUAAACCCCCCUGCUCCUUGAACUUCCACGAACCCCUCAGCCAGCUCCACUUACACGGUGCACAACAUCUCAUACCUUCACAUACCUUCACGAUGCUCCCAGCUGUGAGAGGAUCACGGCUUGGGCCAUUGGUUCGACAUGGUCGCUCACUUCAUACCACAUCGCGGUGUCUGUCAAGCGCUGAGGCUGCCCCGGCUGCCCGUCCAGCGCAUUAUGAUACCUCACAGCAGCUCUCCGCUAUCGAUGCCGUGAAGGAGAGACGACUGAAAGCGGGAAAGCUUGUGGCUGGAGUUGCUGCUGCUUCAGAUAGCGACAUGUUCAAAGGACCGACUACCGGACUACCCAAAUCUAAGCGAUGGGAUAACCAUUUGAGUCAGGAGAGUAGAGUGCGAGAACCAUGCACUCUCAAGCAAGCAGCUCGCUACAUGAAGAAACCUGGCCUUAUCUCACUGGGCGGUGGCCUGCCGUCCAGUGAAGUUUUCCCCAUCGCUGAACUCGGUUUCAAAGUCCCCGUCGCACCAAAGUUCUCCGAGAAAGAGACUGAAGAAUCGGGUCAAACUGUAACAAUUGGAAAAUAUGACGUGAGAGAUCGCGGAGGCACUUAUGACUUGUCCAUUGCUUGCAACUACGGCCAAGCUACGGGAUCCCCGCAGAUGAUGAGAUACUUGACCGAACACACUGAGAUUGUGUAUAACCCUCCCUAUGCAGACUGGAAAGUUUGCCAGACAAUCGGCAGCACCGGAGCAUUAGAAGAGGCGUUGCGAAUGUUCUGUGACAAGGAUCGUGGCGACUCAAUACUCACUGAAGAUUUCAGCUUCUCGACUGCCCUGGAAACAGUUGGUCCUCUUGGUGUGAAGGCAUUUGGCGUGGCGAUUGACGAAGAGGGCCUCGUCCCCGAGGCUAUGGAUGCUCUCUUGUCAAACUGGGAUGCUAAAGAACGAGGUUCGAGGAAGCCUCAUGUGCUGUAUACUGUUCCCUCAGGACAGAAUCCCACAGGCGCAACACAGGGAGCCGAGAGACGAAAGGCCAUCUAUGCCGUGGCGCAAAAGCAUGAUCUAUACAUCAUCGAAGAUGAGCCAUACUACUUCCUCCAGAUGCAACCCUACACGGGUCGCGACCAACCUGAAGUACCACCACCAGAGACGGUUGAGGAGUUUGUCUCGUCUCUCAUUCUCUCACUUCUAAGCAUCGAUGUUGACGGACGAGUUAUGCGCAUGGACUCCUUCUCAAAGGUCCUCGUGCCAGGCUCUCGUCUUGGUUGGAUAACAGCGUCGGAACAAAUUGUUGAGCGGUAUAUUCGACACGCUGAAGUCGCAAGCCAGGGGCCCAGUGGCUUCUCUCAGGUCAUUCUAUAUAAGUUGCUUGAUGAGACAUGGGGACACGAGGGUUACUUACGAUGGCUGAUGAAUUUGCGACUGGAAUAUACAAAGAAGCGCAAUGCUCUUCUGGCCGCUUGCGAAGAUCAUCUGCCUAGUGAUCUUGCCAGUUGGACUCCUCCUGUCGCUGGCAUGUUUAUGUGGAUUAAUAUUGAUCAUACAAAGCAUCCUGAAGCAGGAAAGCGAAGCAUCGUCGAUAUCGAAGAAGAGAUUUUCAACUCUUGUAUCGAGAAUGGUGUUCUUAUCGCCCGGGGCUCGUGGUUCUUGACUGAGAAGGACAAGGCACCACCGGGACUCUUCUUCAGAGCGACAUAUGCAUCUGCAACGCCUGAGAAUAUGAACAAGGCUAUUGAAAGAUUCGGAAAGGCUGUAAGAGAUAGCUUUGGUAGGAAGUAGACUUUGUCUUGGCAUCCAGUUGCUGGAAACAGGGACAAGUUUGAAGAUUCAGACAGUUGAAGAAGACAUCAGCCAAUUGGUAUGGGAAAAAAAUUAUAAGUACG